AUGCAGGCCACUUCAACUCCAGAUUCUCAAGUUAUUCUCCCUUUUGACCCCACUACUCUCCCGCUUGCUCAACUCGAGUCGCUCAGAUUCAAAGCAAACCAAAUCAUUGAGAGUAUCCAAUCUUUACAGCGUACCAUCGAUGUGCAUCCGGCAAUGAUGCACGCGUGGCCAGACUUACUCUCAAAAUACAAUGUCCUGCUAAGUCAGACUCAUAAUCUCUCUACUUCACUCUCUUCUGCUCUUCCUGGCAUACAACAGCAAUCACAAACCGCCGCUUUCUCCGGGAAAACCGCAAGUGCUCUUGAUUCAAGUCCCUACGAGAAGAUCGCGUUACAUCCUCAUCUACCCAUGUCAGAUGCACAGUUGGACAGCCAGAUUAUUCCCUUGUUGAGGAAUCAGCAGACAAUCGACGUGUUAAAUAUGGAGAACGCGACCGUUAAAAGACUUUCGGAACAUAUGACGACAAGGGGAUCCCUCGGCGUCUUGUCUAGUUGUUCUAAUAUACCACCACAACCACUAUUCGGUCGUAACCCACAGACACAGAAGAAACCGGAGUACGAGGACGUCUUGGGUGAAUGUGCUGAAAUUCGCGGUGAUCACGAUCGCCGCGCAGAACGCGCCAUACGUGCUGUCGCCCUUUUGAGGGACAAAUUUGACUGGAAGCCGAGAGUUGCAGUAGAAAUGGAGGAGCCAGAGGAAUUGGAUUGGGACCCCCGGUUUACUGCAGGUAGUGCUCAUCCCGCUCCAGCUGGUGACCCGAUACAAACAGAUGGUGAUGUGGAUAUUGAAAGCGCGAGUGGGGAAGACGGAAGUGACGAGGAUGAAGUAGAAGGUCAUCUCGUAGAUGGUCAGGAUUCUGCUCCAACUCCGCCGGUAGCACGUGGUGGUAUAUGA